AUGACAACAUCUGUCAGACCCAUUGCGUCAGGCAUGGAGGCGAGCGCCGACACCCGCCCCUGCCACUACCAGGCGUCACCUGAAGAGACUGGCACCAACACCAGCCAGGACGAGGGCUCAGUAACGGAACUGAGCCAAGAGGAUAAGAAACACCUUAAGGAGGAAUCUGGCACUACCACCUGCCGGCCCAAGAUCUCCCAGAGAAAGCGAGUGGAACCUCCGACCAACGAGGGGAAUAACACCAUCUCACUCGCUGAGAAAUAUCCAGAGCCCGGGAGAUAUUUCAAAUUGGGGGAACAAAUCGGAGAGGACCCCAAUGGAGUGAUUUACAAUGGAUGGCACCGAAGCAGACGAAUGGAGGUGGCCAUUGUAAUCAUAGAAGAUCAAGAGAAGCAAAAAGGAAUCCAAUCAGAAGUUGAAGUCCUUGAAAUGGUGUCAGGCCAUGAAAACAUCGUGGAUUUCUAUGGGGCCUAUUACCAUCAGGCCCCACGGACACCAUCACUCCCGGAAGGACUAUGGAUUGCUACUGAGUUCAUCACUGGUGCCACUCUGCAAGAUCUCAUUGGCACCAGAAAGACCUUAGGAGAAAGGUGGAUCUCCUACAUCUGCAAACAAAUAACCACGGGCCUUUUCCACCUGCAAAAGAAGAACAUCAUCCACCAUGACAUCAAGCCCGAAAACAUCCUGAUCACCUCCUAUGGAGAGGUGAAGAUCGGUGAAUUUGGAUUUGCCACGUUUGGAGAAAAGAGCAGCAGUACUUCUGGGACUAUAACAUACUCGGCCCCAGAAGUACUGGCUAAUUUUACCAACAAGCACGAGUAUGACCAUAAGGCUGACAUCUGGUCACUCGGCAUUGCAGCCAUCGAAAUGGCGGAGGGACUCUCAUUCAGCAAACUUCCACGACAGAAGCUGAUUGAGAAGAUCACACGCGGUCCCGCGCCAACAUUAACACCAUGGGGAAAAUGGAGCGACGAGUUCCGUUUCUUCAUUUCCGAGUGCCUGCAGAGAGAACCAUCGAAAAGACCGUCUGCAAGGCAACUUCUGUCCCACCCCUUCAUUGGAGAGAUCAGGGGUGAAAGGGGUGUGCAGAAGAACAUCGCCCAACAGCUGCACAGAGGAAUGAAGCACUAAAAGAACAGAAGAAGGCAGCCAUCGG